CGAUCUAUCGAUAGCAACAGUCUGAAAAUUUUUAAAAUAAUUUGUUAUUCUGUUUAAUUUGCGGGAAACGGGAAAUCCUUGGACCAUGGCACAUCCCGUCGAGGCGAAGACCCGGCCCCGGAAAUAUCCAUUUGUCCACAUGCGUAUCGCGGACCACACUGUGCUGGACACCAUCGAGGGACGACACAUUUGCCGGCUCUGUAAUCGCUCGCGGAAGUUCUUCUGCUACAGCUGCCAUGUACCGGUGGGGGAGCUGGAGAAGAUGCUGCCACGCUUGGGGCUCCCAUUGCAGAUUGACAUCAUCAAGCACAAGAAGGAGAUCGAUGGGAAAAGCACGGCCGUACAUGCUGCCGUCCUGGCGCCGGAGCACGUGCGGAUUCACACAUAUCCCGAUAUUCCCGACUACCGCCUGGAGGAGGACGUGGUGCUCAUCUUUCCCAGCGCCAAGAGCCUCACAGUGCCGCAGCUGUUCGAACGAAAUGUUCAGCUGAAGAUCGACGAUAACUAUGGCCUGCCCAAAGGACAUCACAUGGGCACAAUGCUCCGCCGUCGCAUGGAUGAGAUUGAGGUCGGGGAGACGCAACCAGAGGCCACGUCCAAGCGCAGCUAUGCCUAUGGCAACCUACCCGUGCGCCGAGCCGUCUUUAUUGACAGCACCUGGAACCAGAGCCGCGGCAUCUACGCGGACGAGCGUAUCCGAGGUCUCCGCACAGUCGUCCUACAGAAUCGCUUGUCGCAGUUCUGGCGCCAUCAGCGUGGCAGCCCGCGUUGGUACCUGGCCACCAUCGAGGCUAUCCAUCAGUUUGUGCUAGAGGUCCACGUCAAUGCCUGGGGUCUCAAUGCCGCCUACCGGGGACUAGACAACCUGGAGAUAACCGAGGGCUUUCAUCAACUGGCGGCGCCGCUAACCAGAGACGCCCCGCCGGAGGAUGUUCAGCGAGAGUCGCCCUACAACGGACAGUACGACAAUCUCUUGUACUUCUUUGCCAAUAUGUACGAUCUCAUUCACAAGUACUAUGACCACAACGACCUGAUAUCCUAUCGACGUCCGAUUUAGUACGAGAACAGAGAUUUUAUUAUAGAAGGGAAAUACACGUUAAAGCUAUGUUAGUUUGGAA